AUGGACGAGCUGGAGCUCAGCGAUAUCCAGAAGCGGAUCUCCUUUGGGUCGUGUCAGGAGCGGAAACUGUUCCCUUUCCACCACGCACCAGACAGACUGGGCAUCCAGCUCGUCCCGAUCAGAGGAGAGGCUUGGCUUGGGCCAGGCUGUUAUCAGAACCACAAGAAAAGCAGCCUGGUAUACUCCCUGGCUCACAAGCCACUAAGUAAGAAAGGCUAUGUGGUAGGGGCGAGAACAGCGCAGCGUUUCAUGCCGGAAUCACAGGCUGUGACUCCUGGCCCGGGAGCGUACCAGUCACAGUGGGAGAGAAAACGUCUGUCUGCCUAUGCCCCGUUUUCCAUGAAAACACCACGAUUUCCAGAGAAGCCUUUGGAAAGAGAAUUUUUCCCAGGCCCUGGAACUUACGAAGCAGACAAGCUCUUGCUGCACAAAAAAAUCACCUGGCCGAUGAAGUUUGGGUCACCAGACUGGGCUUUAGUGCCAAAGCCGGUGAAGAAGACACUAAAAACAGAGGUACCCAAGCUGGUGGCAGACAAGGAGUUCAGGAAACRUCGCAACCGCGUGGCCUACCUGAGCCUGUACUACGGCUGA